AUGCGGGGAAGCCAUUUUGAACUCCGCCCAACCCUCACCAGCUACACAUCUCCAACCCCUCCCCCCCCAUCCCCAUGUCCUAAUAUAAUGUCAUCAAUCGCCCGCCCACCAGACCCAUGUCUGGUAGCGAUAAUAUUAAUCGUACGAUCACGUACCGGCCCCCGACUCGUCUUCCACUACCCGCCCAAACCGCUCAGCGAAACCCGACUCAAGACAACGACCAAGGGCGGCCGCCGCAUCUCCCGCACGCGCAGCAGACAAGGCGGCAAGAACACGGACUCAAGCUCCAGCGACGAGAGCGGCCUCAGCUCCGACGAUGAAGACGACGACCGCGAGCGCGACACGCAGCCGCCCACCCAGAACUCGUCCACCUACCUCGGCGGGAGCUCACAUGUCAGUGCAAGCCUCAUACCCAGCCGGAGGGCGAGCAACUUCGGACUCGACGAUCAUGGCAUGAUCUCCGCAUCGCCGGGUGCGAUAGAGCCACAGAGACCGGGCUCGCUGGGUUCUGGUCGGGGAUCGACUCGGAAGCGUGGAGGUGCAAUGUCCGAUGCGGAGGAUGAUGGGGCGUCGGAUCAGCCUGAUGGGUCUGGGUCUUCGUCACGCGCGCCGUGGGAGUCGCUUCUGGGAUUACCGGGGAGUGUGUGGGAAAAGUUACUCAGUCCUUCACGGUCGUGGCAUAAGCGGCGCUACGAGGUAGGCAUUAAUGAUCUGGCAUUGAUUGGGUGGCCGGUCUUUGUGCGUGAGGAUGGGAAUUGGCGCAAGCAGCGCCGGAAAAAGAAGAAGAAGCCUCGUGCUGAGUGGGAGGGUGGAGAACUCGGCCAUAAUGAGAAUGCGGAUGAGACGCAGGUUGAGGAUGGAGUCGUUUCGCCUGACAUGGGGUCUAGCAUUGCUUCUAUUGCGGAUUCGCUGGUCUCGCCUACUGAUACUAAGCGGAACUCGUUGGCCAGUGCGAAGAUCGGGAAGACUGUCGAUGAUCAUGAUGAUGACCCGGAAGAUAAGGAUCAUAUGACGAUGUUCAAUAUGGUUUUUGUUAUGGAUCCGCCACUGCUGGAGUAUUCUGGGCGCGUCAAGGAGAUAUAUGAGAAUAUUAUCAAGAAAUUCGCCAAGGCGCUUAAGUGGGAGCAAGCUCGCACGGGAUAUGUGUGGAAGGAAUCCCAGCACAUCCUUCAAGUGCGAAGAAAAGCACGAGAAUCCAAAACACCCGUCCAUAAUCUAUAUUCAGAGUUGAUCAACCAGUCUUCUUUAGCAAGGGCUAUAUAUACGGUCUACACAAGCAUCUCAGCAUCAAAGAUCGCUUCUGUCUCGCUCAGUCCGGAUGUUUCCAUCUCGCUACAGAUCCCACCGUUGACAUCCACGCCGUACCUUCCUGGACCGACGGAUAAGGCGUAUCCAGGUCUCUGGCUGACAACUGCAGACAGCGCUACACCGGUUGAUGACCCUGCCGCCGAUGAGAACAAUGCGCCACAUCAGGUUCUGGCUAAGCACUUCGCACUGCUUCUGCUAGACAGCGAGGCUUCAAUCAUUAAGGAUGUCGAAGCUUCCGGGGGCGCCCUAGCCCCAGCACUUGCCCAUUAUAUCCGAUGUACCAAGCCAACCAAAUCCUUCGCCCAAAUAUCCCUCUAUUCGGGAAUUCCACUGCAUACCAUCCAGAUGUUGGCCAGCCAUCUGGUAUACUGGCGCCGUGCCCGCGCCAUCCCUCCAAUCCACCAACGCGACACUUAUAUCGUCUCUCCAAACUGCGACCUGAGCAAGUUAGAAAUCGCUACGAUCGCCUACCAAACAGCAUUCCCGACUCUGCCCAGUCUUCCCAAGAUGCUCUCCGCCCUGAGCGGCACACCCCGCCCCUAUGGGAGUUUUAUCCCAAGCAAAGACCACAAGGAGACCUACUUUGCCAUAUUGGCAUGGCUACUCCGCGGCGGCUGGGUGACGCAGCUCAGAACAUUCGCACGGAUCAAGGUAACCCCAGAGAUCAAACUAGCAGUUGAAACAGCCCUGCGCAAAGAAGAAGUCGACCGAUAUCUCGCCAAAGGCAACAAUUCGAAUUCCACUGUCACCGACGAUUCAGACUCAGACAGCGAUGACGACGCGUCCUCGUCGUCCUCGUCCUCCCUCGCCAGUCAUGGCAGCGGAGACGAAACGCCUAUGCCAGGCCGAUACGAUCCACAUGCCCAAUUGCGCACCUCGCAUAAGCUCCUCGAUCGAUCGACCGCCCUCCGCCUCUCCUCGCUAAUUCUCUCGCCGCACCGCGCAUCGCCGCUGGAAUCUCGAUGGAUGGACGAGAUUGUCGCGCGGUUCCCGGACAAGCCUGGGCCAGGGCAGCAGAUGAUUGGAAUGAGCCCGGACAUUGCGCCGAAAGAUCUGCAGACUUUGUUGAAGAAAUACUGGCCGGUGUUUUUGAAAUAUUUUAAUGGUUCGGAUGCGUUGGAGAAGAUCCCCGUUCGCGAGAGCUUGAAGCGUAAACUGGUUUGGCAGGUUCUUACGCGGUUGGGGGUUGUGACGGGGCCGGUUGGUUCGCUUGAGCUUGAUGCAAGAGAGCAGGUGCUUGUCGGGGUGCGACACUGGUAA